AAUGGAAUUUCAUUAUUGCGUACCAAACGUGCCCUUAUUAUUGGCUCUUUGGACAUUCAAAUCUUACAGCUUUGACGCUUUCUGGAAUCUCAUUUCUGAGUUCAACGAGGUUGUUUUCGAAAACUCUGGGGACCAAUCUAUAAGAUCGCGUUUGGCUGCUGAAACAUCCGAAGACUCAAAGUGAUCGCUGUCGUUCAAAGAGUCAAAGAAUUGUCCUACGUUUGGUACCACUGAAACCAAUAGGCGCUUUCUUAAUUCGUCGAAGCUGUUGAGGUUGUUCCCAUAAGGAAACGGUUAUUUCAGGUUGGCUGUUUCGCCAUGAGGGGUUCCGUUUUAGUUUUGAAGCUCUGAAAAUUAGUCACUUGAUGAGUGCUUGGAGAAGCUAUUGCUUGCUGGAUUUCAGCUCGUACUUUUGUCAUUGUAGAGCUGGCAGAUUUUGACUAACAUGGGACCUCCCAUACGCUGUGGAAUUAUAAGAAAACCGAAGGAGACAAUGAGGCUUGUUGUAACAACUUUUGUUGGACUUGUAUUUGGAUUCUUUUUGGGAGUAACAUUUCCAACGCUGUCAUUAAGCAAGAUGAAUCUUCCGACCAGCCUUUUUCCUUCCAUUGACCUCACAUAUAUUGAGGACAAGUAUGCAGGCCUUUCAACCCAAGCAUUGCUGAAGGCUGUGUCUUCUCUGAAGGGUGAUGGAGUCAGCUCCACUCCACUUCACAAAUAUAAUGAUACAAAGAUUUGGGUUCCGACAAAUCCUCGAGGGGCUGAAAGACUACCCCCUGGUAUCAUAGAAUCUGAGUCAGAUUUAUUUCUCCGCCGAUUAUGGGGUCAGCCCAGUGAGGACUUCACCAUCAAGCCAAAGUAUCUUGUUACCUUUACCGUUGGUUAUGGUCAGAAAAACAACAUUAAUGCAGCAGUUAAAAAGUUCUCAGAGAACUUCACGAUUCUGUUGUUUCACUAUGAUAAUCGGACAAGUGAAUGGGAUGAGUUUGAAUGGUCAAGGCAAGCUAUCCAUGUAAGCGCUCAGAAGCAAACUAAAUGGUGGUAUGCCAAACGUUUUCUGCAUCCUGACAUUGUUGCUCCCUAUGACUACAUUUUUAUUUGGGAUGAGGAUCUUGGUGUAGAGCAUUUUGAUGCAGAGGAAUAUAUAAAACUAGUGAGGAAGCAUGGUUUGGAGAUUUCGCAGCCUGGUUUAGAACCAAAUAAAGGAUUAACAUGGCAAAUGACAAAGAGGAGAGGUGACAGUGAAGUUCACAACUUGACUUUACUCUGCCAACACUUUAGCUGGACCAUAUAUCCUCUCUUUUUUCCCCUCUACAGGGAUACAGAGGAGAAACCUGGUUGGUGUAGUGAUCCACAUUUGCCACCAUGUGCAGCGUAUAUGUGCAGGUUUGUUGAGAUCAUGGCACCUGUAUUUUCUCGGGAUGCAUGGCGUUGUGUUUGGCAUAUGAUUCAGAAUGAUCUGGUUCAUGGAUGGGGUCUAGAUUUUGCUCUUCGGAAAUGUGUCGAGCCUGCUCAUGAGAAAAUAGGAGUUGUUGAUGCUCAAUGGAUUGUUCAUCAAAGUGUUCCUUCACUUGGGAACCAGGGACAGGCAGAGAGUGGGAAGCCACCUUGGCAAGGGGUAAGGGAGAGGUGUAGAAAAGAAUGGACAAUGUUCCAAGGCAGAAUGGUUAAUGCGGAAAAAGCCUAUUUUGAGGCAAUGGGAAUUGAUCCCCCCAAUUCAACAGCUCGCUAGCGGAGACAAUAGUAGCAUGUAAAUUUAACAAUUCAUUGUACUUAGAGACGAAGAAAUUACUUGCAUUCAGUGUACUUUUUAUCAAUUAUAUUUUCAUCUUUUUGGAUACUUCA